CUAAAGGUCUGCAGAUGGGGCAUAUGCUGCCACCUGUCCUGUGCCAUCACGCAGCUAUUCAUAUUUUGACACGAUUGAGCGACCGUUCGCUCGGCUGCAGUGCGUGCGAGUAAAAGUCAUCAUUAUUCCUCAACCACUGCUGGAUGCUGAAGUCACGAUGUAUAAUUUAUUUUGCGUGGUAGCUAGCGCCGCGUGGUGUCUGUGCCCUGUACUACAAUAUUGAUCAAUUAAUCGGCAUAACUGCACCGAGGAUCAACGAAGAACUCUUGCUACUUGGAACUAUCGAAGAGCAGAGCGAGCUCUCGCGCGCGGCGGUCAAAAAUGUACGGAGAAGCUGAGAGACGCCCCUGAGCGAAACGUCGGCCUCGUCGCGGAUGUGAUGCAAAGCUGCGAGGUCACGUGACUCGACAUUAGACAGGUGGUUAUCGCCAAAGUUAGUUACGUCGAGUUUCGAAGUUGUAUCUUUCGUGCAAAAUACCAUGUUAACGGAUACGUAACGCGAUCGGAAGAAAUCAGGAUGGAAGUAUUAGGAGAGGAUCAAGCUUUACAGGCCGUAUUCGGGCGAGCGAGCGACUUACACGGGAUUGAGAACGAGGCUAUAGACUUCACGCAGCUAGAAGAUUACCUGAACAGCGACACGGAGAACUUUAAUUUCGAGACGUUCGCGAAUGGUAGUGGCGAGGACCAUGAUCAUCACCAACAUCAUCAACAUCACAGCCACGGUCACUGCCACAACCAAAACCAGAACCAAAGCCAUGGCAAGAUACCGAACUCUACCCUGCCGCAGAGUAACCACUGCAACAAGGCACGGCAGCACGGAGAGGAGCGCCACCUAGCGAACAGCCACCACGGAGAGCAGCGCCACCUGCAGCAGAACCAGCACGGAGAGGAGCGCCACCUACCGCAGUCGCAACACGGAGAGGAGCGCCACCUACCACACUCACAGCACUCAGAGGAGCGCCACCUACCACACUCGCAACACGGAGAGGAGCGCCACCUACCACACACGGAGCACGCAGAGGAGCGCCACCUAGUGCACACGCAGCAGCACACGCCCGACCGACUCUCUGACUACAGUGACGCGAUGUCUUUCAAAAACUCUGUCCAUUAUGCGAAAGGGUCACUGCCGGAAAGUCCGCCGGAAUCAGAACCAUACUCACCUCCUGAAAAUAACGGCAAGCAGUCGACAAUAAGCAGCAUAUCGAGUACGGUGCCGCCUGCUAACUACUCGCAGCCGUCGCUGUACGAACACAUGAAGCAGAUCUUCAACAACGGUUCGUUGAACAACGUGCCGUCGUCGCAGCUGUCGCCCCCGCACUCCACCCAGCAGCCCUCCCCACAGCACUCCGCGGGGCUUCACUCGCCCCCACAGACACAGCAGCCACAGCAGCAGCAGACGCAGCCGACCCAUAGCUCACCGGUGCAUAACAACCUGCAGGCUGAUUCCGUCACCACAUCCUCCCCCUCACACGCGCAGCAAGCUACGCAGGGUGUUGGCGGGCAGCCCGCGACCGCGCAGCAGCUGCUGCACUACAUGAAGACGACAAACCAGUUGAAUGCCGCAGCACUGCAGCAGCACCUUCACAACGUCAUCGCCCGCAGCACACCCGUCAUGACCGCUCCGGCGCCGCUGCCGCCGCCGCACCUCAACAACCAAUCCCCCACAGCCUCCGCCGCCGUUACCGCGACGACCAGCCCCCAGCAUCUCGCCUCCGCCGCCGGCACGCAGACGAUGGGCUUCCUGCCAAUCUGCGGCUCGCCCGCGCACACGCUGCCCGUGCUGGCGCCCCCUGGUGUGCCGCUGGCCGGCUGCGCCAUCGCGGCGGCGUCGUCGUCGUCGUCGUUGUCGCCGCAGCACGUGGCGGCGGGGGGAGCCGGAGGAGGAGGGGUCGCCAAGCAACUGCCGCCCAACUUUGGAGUCAUGAACAACUUGCAGAACCAACCGGCGAAGAAGCGAAAGUACGAAUCACCGAACAACACGGUGAAUGAGAAGAACGCGAACAGCCUGUUGAAUGGCCUUCUACAGAACAUCAAGCAGGAACCAGGUACGCAGCCAAGCAUUGCCAUAGUGCCAGAUGUUGGCAUAUUGCCAGACAUGUCACCGCUGGGGCAGCCGUCCCCCGACACGGACGACUCGAUGUUUGACAUGUAUGACAAUGGAGACGCUGUCUAUGCGGACGGCUCCUACCAAUGCAUCAAGUUCCAACCGUUUCAGCCGCCCAAGUGGCACACGCUGUACGACGCGUCCUGCAAGGAACUCCCGGGACCGACGUAUCGCAUAGAUGCUGAUAAGGGCUUCAACUUCUCCGUAUCGGAUGAUGCCUUCGUCUGCCAGAAGAAGAACCAUUUUCAGGUGACGUCGCAUGUCGGCCUCAACGGAGACCCAAAGAUCGUGAAGACGCCCGAUGGAUACAAGAAGAUCGAUAGCUGGCAGCUUCACUUUUACGGCGUCAAGAUGAAAAGAUCGCAAAAUAUGGAUUCGAUGACGCAGACGAUUAAGGUGGAGCAGUCGCAGUCGGACAGAAGCAAACGUGCCUUCCAUCCUGUACCGUUGCAGCUGCAGCCGGGUCAGCUGUCGAAGGUCACCGUCGGCCGGCUGCACUUCAGCGAGACGACGUCGAACAACAUGCGUAAGAAGGGCAAGCCAAACCCGGACCAGCGCUUCUUCCUGCUCGUCGUCUCACUCAACUGUCACUGCGGCAGCAGCAACUACCAGAUCGUCGCGCAGGCCUCCGAGCGCAUCAUCGUCAGGGCGUCCAACCCUGGACAGUUUGAGAGUGAUGUGGACGUUAACUGGCAGAAGGGCUCCAAUCAGGAUUCCAUCUGGCAUUCGGGUCGCGUCGGGGUCAACACAGACCGGCCGGACGAGUCCCUCGUCGUCCAUGGCAACUUGAAGGUCACGGGUCAGGUCGUGCAGCCGUCGGACAUGAGAGUGAAGCGAGACAUACAGGAG